AUGGCUAGUCAAGUGCUGCCAGAGCACUGGUCUGAACUGAAUGCAGCUCGCAAUCAGCGGAGCCUCUGCGCUACAGAUGUGGAGAAGCUCAAGAACUCAUGCGUCCAGAACUGCGGCAAGAAGCACGUUGCUGAGUGCAAGGACUGCUACGGCAAAGUUCUUGAACGCAUGAGAAAGAGAUACAUAGAGAGUCAGGAGAGGGAGUGGUUCUCGCAGCGGCGGGCGUUUCUGCAAGAGCUCGAUGAUCUCUUCACCGACGCGAAGGACUACAAGGGGAGCCUCCAGGCUAUCGAGGCGCACAUCAACUCUGAGAAAGAGGCCUGGUACCGCUGGGUUAUACGAAGGCAUCCUGACUUUCUGGAAGUUGCCGAACAUAAUGCGCCGUUGGAAGAAAUGAGAGAAAUGCUCGGUGACCCCGAUCGCAGCCGUGAAGAACUCGUCGCUAUGAUGUGGCAAGGUGUUGGCAAGCCAGAAAAUUGGUCGGAAAAGGUUGACACAUUUGUUACAAAGUGGUCAGAGCUCAAAGACAAACCCGACGAACUCAAGCAACUAUACAUUACCGAGUUUUUCAAGCGUGGGAGCGAAGGCGCUGUCCUCGACAACGCGCAGUCAUAUCUGGACGAAUACCUAGCCUCCGAUAGCUUGACGCUGGAGCAAAUUGUCGGCCGUAUUGUCGAUGAUAAUUAUCGCAGCAAGAGUUCACAGGGCCAAAGAGAUGCGCAUACUAGUCGUCUCGACGAGCUUCGCAGAGCAAAGACGGCCUUUGAGCAGAAGAGGAAGGAGUCUAAGGCGCUCCUCCGUCAGACUCAGGCCAAGUCAGAGCUCUACGACUUACCGCCGUGUGCGACCAUUGUGCAGAUCGGCGGGAGUGGCAAACUGACAGUAUACUGCUCCGAAGACUGCUAUCAUAAAGGACAGGAGGAGCACAUUGGGAAGCAGCACGACUGCAGUGCUGGUGAGCAGUGUGUACAGCUCACGGAUGAGGAUACAGAGAUGACCGACGACACAACGCAAGCUGUACUGUGCAAGCAAUGUAUCGGCGACAAGCGUGCUACAGUAUACUGUUCCCAAAGAUGCGCCUCGGAGAGACUCGCAGCGCAUAUGCGGCAAGCGCACGGUGCUGGUUCGGGAGCAGAUGCCAACUCAGCUGCCGUGCCCAUCUCAGAAUUUGUUGGGCCGACUUUGGAAAAGGAGAAUCCUACGCUCAAGAUUGAGCAGGCUCGGUGA